AUGACAGAUAUUUCAGAAAAGAUUCAACAGGCUCGCAGAGAUGCUGAGGCAAUGAAGGAGCAAAUUAGAACCAACAGAGAUGUUAUGAAUGAUACUUCUCUGAAGGUAUACACACGUGAUCUUCCAAACUUGCCAAAGCUUGAUGGAAAGAUUAAGGUCAGGAGAACAUUGAAGGGCCAUCUUGCCAAGAUCUAUGCCAUGCAUUGGGCUGAGGACUCUGUUCAUCUUGUGUCUGCCUCCCAAGACGGCAAGCUCUUGGUCUGGGACGGUUUGACCACCAACAAGGUCCACGCCAUUCCACUCAGAUCAUCAUGGGUAAUGACAUGCGCAUAUUCACCGACCGCCAACUUUGUAGCUUGUGGAGGUUUGGAUAAUAUCUGUUCGAUUUACAACCUGCGCAGCAGAGAGGUGCCAAUCAGAGUGUGCCGCGAGCUCAACUCGCACACUGGUUACUUGUCCUGCUGCAGAUUCCUCAACGACAGACAGAUUGUUACUAGCAGUGGUGAUAUGUCUUGCAUUCUCUGGGACAUUGAGAACGGAACAAAGAUCACCGAGUUCUCCGAUCACAAUGGUGAUGUCAUGAGUGUAUCUAUCUCACCAGACAAGAACUACUUCAUCUCUGGUGCUUGUGAUGCCACCGCCAAGUUGUGGGACAUCCGUGCAGGCAAGUGUGUCCAGACAUUCACUGGCCACGAUGCUGAUAUCAACGCCGUGCAGUACUUCCCCAACGGUCUGUCGUUCGGUACUGGAUCGGACGAUGCCUCUUGCAGACUGUUUGAUAUUCGUGCUGACCGUGAGUUGAUGCAGUACACCCACGACGUCAUUCUUUGUGGCAUUACCUCGGUCGGCUUCUCGCUGUCUGGUCGCUUCAUGUUUGCCGGCUACGACGACUUUUCAUGCAACAUUUGGGACACGCUCAAGGGCGAGCGUGUUGUCUCUCUCACUGGCCACGGCAACCGUGUCUCUUGCCUUGGUGUCUCUGCUGAUGGCAUGGCUCUCUGCACAGGAAGCUGGGACAGUCUCCUUAAGAUCUGGGCUUAA